CUUCAAACCACUUCCUGAAGUUUCCUGUCCGGAUAUGACGGCGAAGGUCUCGCCCGCGUGUGAGUGAGUGCCAGUGAGUGCCAGUGAGUGCCGGUGAGUGUGGCUCGCCGAUGGCAGUGAGUGAAGACGUGUUCCCACAGCAGAUGAGAGCCCACUAGUUUAUCCCGUGCUUAAAGAGGGCUAAAGGACAUUUUAUAGUGAUUACAACCUCAUUUAGGGAAAGAGAGAAAAUCAGUUUCAUCGAUCAUUUAAUUCAAGGAAAAUUUAUACGUCUGCGGGCAGUGAAAGGAAAAAUGGCAAUACCUUCUGAUCUGUUUGUGUAAAGUUACUCCCUGGCAACACAACGUUUCCCUCUGUUUCAAAAAAGAUUUGGGAAAUCCGGAGGCUCAGGACUUCCGACGAUAAAGGCCAUUCAUAGCAGUAAAGCCUGUGAAGCGAGUGUUUUAAGGACGAGUCUCUGGGGGAUGGAAUAGAACAUCGCUAAAAAAAGGGUUAAAUAAACACCUGCGCUCCUGCUGCUUGUUCGAGAAAGUUUGGUGUAUUAGAGAGGGAAUAAAGUUAAAAGAAGAAGAAGGAAAGGGAGAUGACGAAAUAGAAGACGAAGAAGAAAAAGAAGAAGAAAAAGAAGAAGAGGAAGAAGCAGAAGAAGAAACAGUAAAGCAAGGAAGAAGAAACAAGAAGAGGGAGAAGAAGAAAGACAGAGAGAAAGAAAGGAAGGAAAAAAAGAAGAACAGGAAGAGAAGAUGCAGGCGAAGUACAUCGACUUCGACGACGUGCUGCCUCACGCCGGCGAGUUCGGAAAGUACCAAUGGCUCCUCUUCCUCGGCCUGGCGCCCUUCUGCCUCAACCUGGUGCUCAUCUACGUCGUCCACAUCUUCAUCAGCCUCCCGCCGGAGCAUCAUUGCGCCUUUCCUCAAGCACUCCUGGACGCAGAUGUCUCCGAUGAACUCAGGCGGAACCUCAGCCUCCCCCUGACCAGCGACCUGACGGGGAAGGAGCGAUGGAGCAGCUGCGAGAUGUACGACGUGGACUACUCCCGGCUCCUGCAGGAGGGCGUGACGUCCGCCAACACCUCCUGGUCGACCCGCUCCUGCGACGCCUGGACCUUCGACCUCACUACCUCAGGGGGCUACGCGACGAUAGUGUCCGAUCUCUCGUGGGUGUGCGGGCGUGAGUGGUAUGCGAGUAUAUCACAGACUGUGUUCUUCGUGGGCGCUAUCGUGGGCGGCGUUGGGACGGGAUGGGCGGCCGACAAGUAUGGCCGCGUCCCCGUCUUGGUCGUCACGAACUUCCUCGGCGCCGCGUCCUUCCUCCUGACGGCGACCGCGAACUCCCUCGCCGAGUACCUGGUUUACAGGUUCAUCGCCGGCCUCUCGUUCGACACGAUCUUUGUGAUGAUGUACGUCCUGGUCCUCGAGUACGUGGGUCCUGGGCGCCGCACGCUCGUGGCCAACCUGUCGAUCGCCCUCUUCUACACGGCGGGGACGGUGGCGCUGCCGUGGCUGGCCAAGUGGGUGGCCAACUGGCGUCUGCUGUGCGCCCUGUCCGCCGUGCCCAUGAUGGUGUCCUGCGUGGCGCACUGGAUCCUGCCCGAGAGUGCCCGCUGGCUCCUCUCGCAAGGUCGUGUGGAGGAGACGGUCGAGAUCCUGCAGAAGAUCGCUCGCGUCAACGGCCGCACGAUCCCCGACCAGGUGCUCGACGACCUUCAGAAAAGCGCCGAGCAGGAGGCAGAGAGCGACGGCGGGGAUGACGAGCAGGAGAAAGCAGCCUCUGUGAUUGACCUCUUCCGAACGCCCAGACUGCGGAGGACGACCAUAGCUAUCUGCUUAUUGUGGAUGCUGGUGAGCCUGGCCUACGACGGACACUUAAGAAACGUCUCGAACCUUCCCCUGGACGUGUUCGUUUCCUUCUCCGUGACUUCGGCGACGGAACUACCUGCAGAUACCUUCCUGGUCCUGACGUUGGAUCGCUGGGGAAGACGCUGGAUGGCCUUCGGGACGCUGGGACUCUCGGGGAUCCUCAGCGUCCUCACUCUGAUCGUGGCGGACAACCCCUUAGGCAUCGCGAUCCUAGCCGUCCUGGGGCGAUUCUGCGUCAAUAUAUCCUACAACAUAGGACUCCAGUAUGCUGCCGAACUGUUGCCAACUGUGGUGCGCGCCCAGGGAGUGGCUGCGGUGCACAUCAUGGGCUAUGGUGCAGCCCUCCUCUCGCCCAGCAUAGUGGAGCUGGGUAAGCAGUUCCCCCUGUUCCCCCUCGUGGUCCUGGGCGUGGCUUCUGUCCUCGGGGGCAUCGUGGCCUUAUUCCUGCCGGAGACGCUGCACAGGGACCUCCCGCAGACGCUGAGUGACGGGGAGAACUUCGGCAGCGAUCAGUCCUUCUGCGACUUCCCCUGCGUCGCCCGCGAAGCGAAGGACCGGCAUCCUACGAGCCUCGCCGAGAUAGGCCAGCAGCCGUCCUUCAUCCGCCAGCAUCCGAGGCACAGAGCAUCCUUGCGCGGGGAGACCUAUCGAUCCUCGCUCAUUCGGCACAGGAAGGAGGUCCUCUACAUCCCUUCCCAGUGAGCAGGUCGGGCAUUAUGCAAUCGUGAUGUUUUCUUUUAGUGUUAUUAUUAUUAUUAGUAUUAUUAUUGUCUUUACUUUUAUUAUUAUUGUUCAUUAUUUUAUCAGUAUUAUCUUCAUUAUUUGUUUUAAUGCUACCAUUAUUAUCAUUAUUAUUACU